AUGUUACACGAAGUUUUAUUAUCAUUGUGGGGAUGUUCAACCAAUGCUUUACAAAUAUUGGAAUCAGAUACUAUAGACCUUGAAAAAUAUUUACAUCCUGGAGAACGUGUAUUACUUAAGAAAAUAUUGGAUAUAGUUGAACAAUGCAAUAUUAUUAGAAACUUUAUUCAAGAAUGUACCACUUCUGAUAAUUUAAAAUCUACUGAAGAUUUACAAAAUCAGGAUAUGCCUCAUGGUUUAUACUUACAAGCCCUUUGUGAAGGAAUGGAUCAAGCUUUAGAACCCUUUCGUGAAGAGAUUGUUGAUUUAGAAAAUAUUGUUCUUCGUGAUAGUUAUACUCCAUUAUCAUUAAUUCUUUGUCGUAUCCAAAAUUACAUGUGUCUAUUUUCUGUUUUAAAUUCUAUUAUAAAAGAGAUUCGUAUACAGAAACUACAUGGCUGUAAAUUAUUACAAUGUUUACAUCAAAAUAUGUAUACUGGUAUUCCUACUGUGAAAUCUGCAAUAGAAAAGAUGUCUCACUGUGUGCACAUAGUUUUUUAUAAACACUUAACUAACUGGUUAUUAUAUGGUCAUAUAGAAGAUAUGUACAUUGAGUUUUUUAUUCAAAAAGUAUCUGAAAGACAAAACAGUUUGAUAUCAGUAGAUGAUAAAAAUAAUUUUAUUGAUACAAAAUUUAGUGGAGAUAUGUGGAAUUAUAAUGUUCAAAUAGAUAUGCUUCCAUCCUAUAUUAGACCAUCUUUAGCAACUAAAAUUUUAACUAUAGGUCAAACGAUUAUAAUGUUUGGAAAUGACCCAAGACAAAAGAAAGAUUUUGCUAUAAGUGACCAAACUGAAACUUCUAUAUGGGGAGAGAAAGAAUAUGAAUUUUUUCUCAAACUUCAGAAUCUCCAGAAAAAACAUAUUUUUAAUAUUAUUGAAUUUGAACGUACAAUUGAUGAAUUGAAGCAAUGUAUAACAGAACUUUUAUGGAGGGUUGCUGUUGAAGAAGCACAACUUGUGCAACAACUUAAAUUAGUAAAAGAUUUUUUUCUUAUGGGACGUGGUGAUUUAUUUCUUGAAUUUAUUAGACUCACAGCUCAUAUAUUGAAUAAAUCUCCAACACAACAUACAUCUAGAGAUAUUAAUUUAGCUUUUCAAAUGGCAUUAAGAAAAAUGCAUUUAAAUGAUGAAAAUGCUAUGGAUAGCUUUAAUUUUAUAGUACCAGUUCCAGCAGAUGAAAGUGAAGAUAUUGAGGUGGAAGGUAUGGAAUUUACUGAGAAGGAACGUGAAGAUCCUAUUGAAAGACGUGGAUGGGGCAUGAUUACUUUAAAAUAUAAAGUCGUUUGGCCACUACAUUUAUUAUUUAGUCCAUCUGCUUUAAAUGAUUACAAUACAUUAUUUAAAUUUUUGCUGAGGGUUAAAAAAACACAAAUUGAUUUGUGGAACCUUUGGAGCGAGCAUAUGUAUCAUAAAAACAUAGAUAUUGGUGUAAUUCAGCUAAGAAAUAAUUUAAUUUUUAUUAUUGAUAAUUUACAAUACUAUUUACAAGUUGAUGUACUAGAAAGUCAAUAUACAAUAAUGGAAACAAAUAUGAAAAAUACCCGGAAUUUUGAAGAUGUACAAAAGGCACAUUCUAUUUUUUUAGCUAAUGUUAUGUCACAAACAUUUUUAUUGGGAAAUUCAAUAGAAAGAAAAAAUCCUGUAAAUAAAUUAAUAAAACUUUUGUUACGACUUUGCGAUGAUUUUAUCUUGCAAGCAUCGAUGUGGGAAGUAGAUAAUUUACUUUUAACAGAGCGAGAAGAACUUAAAACUUUAUCUGAUACUCUAGAGAGUCUAAUGGGUUGGCUAACUAAAACACUGAAUAGAGUACGUGCACAACCAAGUGGAGAACAUUUAGCUCAAUUAUUGCUGAGAUUAGAUUUCAAUAGAUGGUUCAGCAAAAAGAUGUAAAAAACAUUUGAAUUAUUUG